AUGCACGAAGACUACUCCAGUGAACAAAGGAAAGACCUGCACAAAGACUACGUGAACAAAGGAAAGACCUGCACAAAGACUACACAAACUACACCUGUGAACAAAGGAAAGACCUGCACAAAGACUACAUCAGUGAACAAAGGAAAGACCUGCACAAAGACUACCAGUGAACAAAGGAAAGACCUGCACAAAGACCAACCAGUGAACAAAGGAAAGACCUGCACAAAGACUACACCAGAGAACAAAGGAAAGACCUGCACGAAGACUACACCAGUGAACAAAGCAAACACCUGCACACAGACUACACCAGUGAACAAAGGAAAAACAUGCACGAAGACUACUCCAGUGAACAAAGGAAAGACCUGCACAAAGACUACCAGUGAACAAAGGAAAGACCUGCACAAAGACUACCCCAGUGAACAAAGGAAAGACCUGCACACAGACUGCACCAGUGAACAAAGGAAAUACCUGCACGAAGACUACACCAGAGAACAAAGGAAAGACCUGCACGAAGACUACACCAGUGAACAAAGGAAAAACCUGCACGAAGACUACACCAGUGGACAAAGGAAAGACCUGCACAAAGACUACACCAGUGACCAAAGGAAAGACCUGCACAAGACUACACCAGUGAACAAAGGAAAAACCUGCACAAAGACUACACAAGUGAACAAAGGAAAGACCUGCACAAAGACUACCAGUGAACAAAGGAAAGACCUGCACAAAGACCAACCAGUGAACAAAGGAAAGACCUGCACAAAGACUACCCCAGUGAACAAAGGAAAGACCUGCACACAGACUACACCAGUGAACAAAGGAAAUACCUGCACGAAGACUACACCAGAGAACAAAGGAAAGACCUGCACGAAGACUACACCAGUGAACAAAGGAAAGACCUGCUCAAAGACUACACCAGUGAACAAAGGAAAGACCUACACAAACACUACACCAGUGAACAAAGGAAAGACCUGCACACAGACUGCACCAGUGAACAAAGGAAAUACCUGCACGAAGACUACACCAGUGAUCAAAGGAAAGACCUGCACGAAGACUACACCAGUGAACAAAGGAAAGGCCUGCACAAAGACUACACCAGUGAACAAAGGAAACACCUGCACAAAAACUACACCAGUGAACAAAGGAAAGACCUGCACACAGCCUACACCAGUAUGA